AUGCUUCUUCGGCCCGCCCGGCGUACAGAUAUACCAGAACUGGCUCGUAUUGGUAAUGCUGCAAAUGCGAAUUCCGAGCUCCAUAGACGUAUGGCACCGUUGCAAGACCAGUAUCCGACAAGUCACUAUUACUGGCGGCUCAACAUCAUGCGAGAGCGCUUCGCUACGCCGAAUAUGCGAAUGAUUGUGGCCGAAGAUGCGUCCUCUGGCGAACUCCUGGGUUUCGCAUGCUGGAGUGUCGAGGGUUCCGAGACUUCUUUGUAUAAAAAGUGGGUCGGCGAGAGUACAUGGGCGAACUGGCUGGAAGGCAAGUUGAUCUGGGCGGAGAGGAAGUGGUACAGAUACGCCAUGGACAAGAGCAUCGACUAUCAAUUCUUGAACAGUUUCAUGGCUGUAUUUCAAGGGAGCGAGCAGCCUGUACAUCCUGCUUGUCUUCAUGUACAUCUGAUUGUCGUCUCGCCAAACGCACAAUUCCGAGGCGUGGGCCGGAAGCUGAUAGAUUGGGGCAAGGAGCUGGCGAUGAGCGAGAAUCUGCCAAUACAUCUGGAAGCUAACCUCGAGGCAACGGGGUUCUAUGAGAGGGGUGGUUUCUCAAGGAUGAGCAAAGAGCUUGUGAUUAGUCCUGCUGGCCAAGAGUCGAUUCGCUUGCCGGUAUUUGUGUGGGRGGGAGAGCAGGAUCAGGGCCGUUGGCUCGAGCGAGAUGAGAAUUUCCRUGGCUCGGACGUUAGGUGGAGAUGGAAAGAAGAUGUUCUGACCAAGUAA